UCUCCCGCUACUGCAUAUUUCCACGAAGCUCGACAACGCUAGAAGCGUUUCCGCAGUGACAUUACCAGUCAGUUGUUUCGUAGCAUUUCCGUAGGUUAGAUGGAGCGACCCGUACCCGUGGUCGUGGAGGUUGGCUAGCUUUGGGUACAUUUUUUUUCACACCAAGCACAAAAAAAACCUCUGCUGCCGUUCGCUCCAUCGUUGCUUUCUCGAUCCUUUUCCGCUUCAUGCGCUACCAAAGCUUUAUCGGUCAAUCGGGCGUUCGGUGUGUGUGAGGCCCGGAAAAAGUAAAAACCCGCAACACCGCCAGUGGUGCCGCAGUGUGUUGUGGUUUUCUUUCGAGUGUACGUUUUCUUGCUGGGUGUUCUAAUUACUACAAUUCACCACCGGGAUGUUAGUAAUCGAGAAUGUUCUAUCUAGAAUGUAGCUCCGUGGUGUGUUUUCGGGAAAACACGCUACACUGUGUGUGCCUAAUAAAUCACGCUAUUGAAAUGCUGUGAGGUUGUGAAACUGGCAACGAGCAAAUAUUGUACAAGGGUAAUUCUGUUUUUAAAAAAGAAAAAGCUUCAAACUUUCACCACUAUUUGGUAGUUUUGCAAAGUUCCCGUUUUGUGGCUGUGACAUAAUGCGGCACCGAUCGGUUUCCCCAAAGGGGGUUUUGCACGCAUCGGGACCCACUUCAACCUCGUCAGUAUGUUUGUCUACAGUAAAUCGAUGCUAGCGUGUGCUCCAGAGCAGGACGGAAUGAAUCUCUAAACAGCAAAACGGUUUAUCCUUGGGGUCAUAAAUUGAACCAAGUACCGAGCCUGCCGCCGUCGAUAAAAAGAAACGCUCACACAAACACCAUUGCAAGGGACAUGUUGCGGUUGUCCUGUUGACAAUAAGAACCAGCCGAAAAAAGAGAGAAAGAGAGUGAUAAGCGUGAAGCAGGGGAAAGACAAAACAUCGGAGCGAUUUCGUGCUUUAGAAGAAAACGUGCUUUCACCCAUCUGGUAGAUGAACGAUGGCGCAGGAUUAAUUGCCACGUGACGCGAUCAUUUCAUCGUACGUUUUCGGGGUGAAUUGAAUGAGAGCUUAUGAUGGAUAUAAAUUCUAAUUAAUCGAUCGAGGGAACAAGCAAACAAAAAUAAAGAAAGAAGGAAAAUUAAAAGUAAUGAAGUGCGUGUGUUUAGUGGACCGAUUUUCCGAGGUAGGAUACAUUUUUAAUAAAAAACAUCAACCAAAUCAAGUGCCCGACCUUCUCGCAUCUUAUCCGUCGCGUUUGCAAAUAGUUACACAUUUGUGAGUUUAUCUUACCACGCGCCUCGGUCGUUUUGUGUGCUGUGUACGAAUCAUCAUGGAAGGAUCGGCCCUUUCUACCUUUUCGCGGGGAUCACGUUUAAGUCCGAAGCGAACCGCAAGUCAAACGAUGGCUGCAACCGCGCUCGCUAACGAUGCCAGUAAUGGUGCAUACGAUAAAGGCCGCGACACCUUACCGAACGGUGCGAUGGAACGAAGGGAACGACGGGAGCGCGAUGGCGCACCGGACAGUCCACGGGAUUCACCCGCCACCAACCGGAUCCGUACGUUCAUGGGCAAAACACCGAGCGCCAUCAAGUCCAAGUUUCUGUCGGUGCUCGGUAACAGUACCGAAAUCAUUAACGGAAUCUCCAACAAGAUCGAUGCCGCCCUCAGUCUCACCUCGUCCUCUGACACCGAAACGACGGCUAACCGCAACCAGAUGAAGGUGGACGAUAUGUUGAGACGAAAGUACGAAUCGUCCAACAUGAAGCAUCCAGAUGAUGCCCGUGGUGAACAUCAGAUCGAUUACGAGCUGCGUCGAGCGAAGGAGCGACGGGCACACGAGGAGGUCCUAUCGGGACGAUAUCGUAAUCCUGCCUUUUCGCAUCUACUACCGCCACCUCCACCACCUCCACCUCCGCCACCACCAGCACCUGUUCUAAGUACACCUCCACAACCGGUGCCAACAGCGACGACCACCGUCAAAGCAACAGCUGCUAGCAAAGAAGGCGACGAUCGUGUAACAGAAUGGGCUCCUUCGCACAGUCUCAGCGCGGACUUUAGUCACAGCAACUACAGCCAGAACUCGUACUCGCUCGAUUCCAAAUCUCCACAACCUUCGGCUGGCGGAGUGGAUUGUGGAGAACCACCGGCCAGGACGGCACCGCUAGGAAUUAAUACCGUCGCCACCCCGGAGGGGUUCCCCUGGGGCAAGGACUUUCACCAUGGUCGGGAACCACGGUUAGGUAUUCCAAGCAGUGCCUCCACUAGUGACAACGAAUCGUGUGCCUUCAGUGGCACGCUCGAAUCGUCCGAGCUGAAGAUGUGGAUUCGAUCGGAGUCGGAAAACUCGGUACCGUCGUGGGCAUCCUCCAUCAGCCUAGACAGUCAGUCUGAAGAAGCGGUACUUGACUUUAUGAAGCGAUUCGUACGCAUUCUUUUCCACGAUAGUUCCAGCAUAACUCUGCAGCUCAAGUCGGACUUUGGCCAGUACGCACGGACGGAAACGGGACGACUGUGGUUUUCACGACUGGUUAAUGCACAGCGCGCCAAAACGAAGCGUGUGGACGAAUCGACGUUCUACUCACUGAUACAAUACUUUGCGAUCGUACUGUUUGAGUGUGCCGAAAGCGAGGACUACUCUCCGGCCAAAACGCUUAUGAACAUGUGCUUUACCUUUUACCACGAUAUUGAUGUACCGGGCUGUGAUCCGUACCGGGAGUACCUAUACACCUACCUGCGAGAUCAACCGAUCUGGCAAACGCUACGCUUCUGGAAUGCGGCCUUCUUCGAUGCACUGCAAACGGAAAGGAAACAUCGUCCGGUGCCACCGACGGUUAAACAUUCGCCGAGUGCCCCAACGACACAGGUGAAACAUAUGACCAAAGGCAGCACUAGCGGUGUAACCGUUCCCCACACAGCAGAUCCAUUUCUGGGAUUUACGGAUGAAGGUACAACUGGUGCAACUACGCUUACUGUUCCUGAGCUUGAACGUUCGUCAUCGACCAGUGCUUGCGAUCGGACUGAUCCGGCUGAACUACAGGAGGACAAACAUUACCAUCAGAAUCUUAGCUUUGGCCAGUUAGGGAGUUUUACAUGCAACAUGCAUGCGUUUGGACUUUCGCGGGAAUUGUGCAAUGAGUUCCUUGUGAAGCAGAGUGUAAUUGCCAAUCUUUCAGCGGAGCAACAGAAACUUCUGCAAGAGAAUGUCGAUCGUAUGUACCGCGAAACGGACCCAUGGAGGGAGAACUAAGACGAAACAACGGCGAAAACACACAACGCAACCAGGUUGAGUAAACGGAUAGUAUUUUGUGAUAACUUUUUGUGAUGUCCAAUAGAUGAAUGAGCGAACGAGCUAAUCGCUUCCUACCCAAGAAAAAAAACGCUCAAUGUCCAGCGACAGGAAGAAGCAUGUAUCCUUGUAUCUACCAAUUUCCGCACACGGACAAAUUUAUUUGCCUACUAGACGCGAUAGUUCCUUCUGGAUUUUUAAAACCCCAAGGUUAGCUGCACCGUUUCGAUUUAUUAUUCAACAAGCAUACCAACAGUGUUGAGAUUGGAACUGGAGAAAUGGGAGUUCUUUCUUAUGAGAAUCAGAUUUAGUGUUGGAACAUUUUGAAACAACAGAUAUGCGUGUAGGUCAAGAAAGCAAUAGAAACAAUCGGUGUGUGAUGUGCAAAAGAUUUGACAAUAAAGCAUACAGACGGGAAAGGAUGGAACAAGUAACCGAUCGAUACGACGCAGGUGCUGAGGCUCAGCACACGGCCUAUUCGAUGGUAGACACGAUAGUGUGUGUGUUUGUGUGUGUAUGUAUGUAUAUCAUUCCAAUAACAAGUGAACCACAAGACGUGAUCAGCAGAUCGAAAGAUCGUUAAACUAAGCGAUAUAUGAGCAAAUGCUUUAAGUAGGGUUAAAGAUGGACGUGAAGAUUGAAUGCCGCAGCACGAAAUGCCAUACUAACCCAGUUGUUAUGUCGAUUAAGCAAUAAGGAACUCACACGUAAACACGCAGAGAACUUCGACAGGACGCGAAGGCAGAAUAACAUAAUCGUGAUAAAACGUUAACUAGUUCAUAAAAUAUUUCCCAAAGUAUUCGCGCACGGUAUGCCCGGGGGGCGGUUGGUGUUUGAAGGAUGAAGCCGACACACGUUGUGUACGUUGGUGUAAUAGCAGCGCAGCCGUAUCUAUUUCCAGUAAUAUAGAUUUCUCGCCUAUCACAAACUAAACAAAGACGGAAUAAACCCUCAAACCAAUUCAAAAUGAUUAA